CACAGUUCUACCCAAAAUUAUCUUCUAAGCCGGUUAUAACCCAGCAAAAAAUGCGGCUCGAACAUCCGCAGCUAACUAGCAACGAAACGCCACGCGUGAAUCCGUGUCAGUUCAGUACAUUCAAAUCAUCACCGGUUAGAAUAGCGCCAGAUGCGUCCCUGGACAUUGCGGGUCUUAAUUUAGGACCCCGCGAAACAACUUCGAAUCGUGCCGAAUUGAACUGCACUACGUCUCGUGACUAUUCAGUGAACAGAUUGCCCGAUGGUAGUCCGAAUGCAUCAUUUCGUCAACCGGAUAAACAGAGUUAUUUUUUUCAGUCAUAUAAAACCGAGAAAAACUUCGAGAUGAUGAUGUUUGAUCGUCCUGUUCACGAUGAGAAAAAAGUUGAUCACGGGGAUGAUGUCGUGGCAUCCGGUGGCUCAUUGAAUUGUUUCAGUAGCGUGGAGAAGGAGAAAGGCGCUGAUUACGAUGACAAGAAGCAAAAAGGUUCCACGCUCGGUGGCCGCCAUCACAUUUCGACCCACGAUGCUCGUCGUGAUUCUGGAAACGUAGAAUUCCUUGAAAAAGAAGGCGAGAUCUUCAAGAUAAGCAGUAGUGAAUUAUUGCAAGAUGCGUCGGCCAAAAAGAAACGAAACUUUUCUUUCAGUAACAAAGAGAAGACGCACAGAAGUUUAGAAUCGUUAGAAAGAAGUAUAGAUUUGUCGGCUAAAGAUUCGAAGAGUUUAGAUCUGUUGUUCGAGGAACGAUCGAAAGCAUUUUUUCAUGGGAAACAAAGAAGUCUGGAUUCUUCCCAGAAGUCAAAAAAGUCCAUGGAUUCGUCCGCCAACAAAGCGCGAAAGCGGCCGAAUUUCUUUCAACGUGUUCGAAGAAGCUGGCAUUUUUUACUCAUGCAGCGCAGAAUCAAGCAACGAAAUAAAUAUGAACGGCCACUGAGCGGUAGAGAAAAAUGCGAAUAUUUUUUGCGCCGACUCCAUAAAAAUGAUUGCCUUGAAAAUGAUUUAAGCUUGUCAAUCAAUCAUUCACAGACAGAGUUGAAUCUAAGUUUUUUGUCUAAACCUGAUGAUAUAAAGAAAGAUGAAUUAAUUUCGAACGACAAAAAAGAUGAGAAAGAAAUUAAAGUCGUGAUAGAGGAUGCUAUAAUUGUAAUGGAAGAUGCUAAAUUUCGUGUAAUAGAUGAGGAAAAUAAAUUACCUGAUGGAGAUAUCGAUAAUAAGCCACCGGAAGAAAAUGAUGAAAAGCCCCCGUUGGUCACUGAAAAUGAUAUUGCACGAAAAUUACAAGAAGUAAUAGGAACUGAAAAGAAAGAACAUAUCGUUGAUUGGGUAGUCACUAUAGCAAAUUUAGACGCUUUGAGUCAUGCUACCCGUUCGAACGAAUCUGUCAGUUAUGGUAUAUUGCAUGGUACCCUUGGUAUAUUGAAGGGUAUUCUUUUUGAUAUUUUUCUCUGUGUAUGCAUCUAAUAUUAUUUUGUAUGCAAUUUAUAUUUAUCGAAAUUUUACAUCACAUAAGCACGCAGUGAGCAACUUUUGUUAUUCAUAUUGAUAUUUUUCGUAUGUUGUUAUGCCAAUUUUUUACACUUUCAUCACUGUGUCAGGGUCAAUAAGGUAUAAUCUCCACGUUUCUAGUUUCACUCGGGACAGGUGAGAAUUAUGACGUUGAAUAUCACAAUGAACAAAUAUUACUGAAGCUACUAUUGCACCAAUAGCACUUCUAUUGUUUAGGAUUAAGAUUAAUUCUACCUUUUCUCAUGACCUGAAAAACAUCGACAUUGCAAGUACUAUUAUACUCGUCGGGUUGUGUCGUAGAACCUGUUUCAAGGUAUUCUGUUUCUAAACUUCGCGAGCUUUCACAACUAUACACUACAAAUAUUUUUUUAAAAUUAUAGAAUAUCUUUUAAGGGCGCACAAAAAUGUAACUGUUAGAUUUAUUAUUUUGUAUUGCUGAAUUUUUCGAUCUCUACAACUAUAUUUAAGAUAAAAUAUUUUUAUUGUAUCACUGCCAUUUUUAAAUCUCUUUAAAAAGCUAAAUAUUUUUUGAUAUCUCUAUUUUUUCAUCCGUCAGCCACAAAAUCCACCGUUAACGAAUCUUUCUUCUGAUUCGAUGUAUAAAUCUCAUUUUCAAAAUUGUUAAAUAACAAAAAAUAAUAUAUGGACCCGUCCAACAUGUUUUGACUAAUAAAAUGCCUUUAAAAAGAAACGCCUUUAUAUUAAUGACUGAUUAAACGUAAGCGACGAACGAUCUUCGUCAGAUGUACAGAGAGCCAAAACAAAUAAACCAUCGUAUGGCAUAACAACGUACAUAUAUAUAGUCGAUCGAUGUAUUAAUCAUAAUUCGCGGAAAAAGGUGUAACUCUCUUAAUUAACGAGAUACGCAUUCACCAAGUUUAUAUAUUUUCAUAUAAUCGUAUUACAUAAUAUUACCAAAUACUCGCGCAUCGUGGCGUAUAUAUCUUUAUUAUAGCGAGAAAACAUGCGACUGAAACAUUUCAACGAUAUCUAUUCGGAUGACAUAUUUACUUCGUCUCCUAUCGAUAUGUUUACAAGUCAAGAACACGUGAUGCUUUAUUCCAUCAUGCGAAUAUUUCUUAAACGUUUCUAUAUAUAUUUGAAACGUAAAUUACUUGAACAAUUGUCCUUCGAAAUAGAAUUUAUGAGAAACGAAAAAUACGUUCGUCAUUGCAUUUCAUAUUCAACGUAACGCGGUUCGAGGGCGCUGUAUAUCUGCACAAUGAACAGGAUUUGCAUCUAUAAAAGAAAUUCGAGCUUCUAGUAAUUUUUAUAUCGUCGAAAGCUAAGCUAGUUUUGUAAAGUGUUAUAUAUAUAUUUUUUUUAAUCAUUACAUUAUUAUUAUUAUUAACAUUAUUCGCUAGAAAAAUU